AUGCCAUACUCUGAAUGGUUGAAGCUGGUAGAGGCCUGCUCAGCAUCCGACUACUUCAAGAGAUGGAUGUCAAAGGAUGCAGUGGGAAACAUCACUUCCCCAAUCGAGCUCAUGGUGCUUGGGGCUCUUCGAUACCUUGGGCGCGGACUGACAUUCGAUGAUCUGGAAGAGUACACAGCAAUAAAUGAGGAGACGCAUCGACAGUUUUUCCAUGCAUUCAUUGACUAUGGAUCAAAGGUUCUAUUUCCUUUGUAUGUGACCAUGCCAACAACAGCCCAAGAGUAUCUGUCUCACCAACGAGAAUUUAACAUAGGAUGUCUACCCGGUGCAGGAUUCUCCACUGAUGCCACCAACGUCAUCAUGUGGAGGUGUGCCCACAACUUGAAACAAGCCAACAUGGGAUUUAAGCAGAGCCAUCCAGCAAGAACCUACAACAUCACAUGCAACCACCGACGUCGAAUCCUCUAUUCCACAGAAGGACAUCCUUCCCGCUGGAAUGACAAGACACUGGCUCACUUUGACGAAUUCCUAAACCCACUCCAUGACAGCGAGAUCCUCCAGGAUGUUGAAUUUAUCUUGUACUCCUGGGAAGGAGAAGUGGGUGCCUCGAGAUUAGAGGCCACACGAUACAAGGGUGCAUGGGGCCUUGUGGAUAAUGGUUACCACAAGUGGUCUUGUACCCAAGCUCCCGCGAAAGAAAGUAUGCUUCGAUCAGAACAGAGAUUCAGUGAGUGGCUCGAAUCGUUUCGCAAGGAUGCAGAGUGCACUAUUGGCAUCCUCAAGGGCAGAUGGCGUGUUCUUAAAACAGGAAUUCGAGUUGAUGGUCCUGAGUCUUCUGACAAGAUCUGGUUGACUUGUUGUGCACUGCACAACUGGCUUCUUGUGUCAGAUGGCCUUGAUGAAUGGAAUGGUGCGAUUGGAGAGAAUGAACUGGAUGAUAUGCGACAACAUGCCCCCUUUGCGCUGCAGCGAUUGACUGAUGAGGAGUUGCGCGACUUUGGCAGCAGGGGACACGAACAACAAUCAGCCAUGGAAGCAGCAAGACAACGUGAACUUCGUCACCAGAGAGGAGAAGUCGAAGAUAAUGAACAAGAACCCAUGGAUAAUACCAAAGACGAUGACCAUCUGCUAGGGCUGUCGCAGAGAUACUCUGUUGAUGGAUGCGUACUUGUCAACUCACUUGCUUACGACGAGUUCAGAAAUCGUCUAGUGGAACACUUUGACAUUAUGUUCAGAAAGAACCGUGUCAAAUGGCCAAGCCGAAAGCAGAACAGUAACACGUAA